UUAGCUUCAGUGACUGUUUUAGAAAUGGUGGCAACGUUUGUGUUUCUUCUCGUGUGUAUCCUUGUGACGUCACGGACUGGAUGUUCUCCAGCUCUGACCAAUGUCCAGAUGACAAUCAAGCAGAAUGAGGGUCUAGACUGGAGGGACUAUGGGGUCAUCACCCCAGUACAGAAUCAAGGAGCAAUGGGUGACCCCACGGACUUCGCUAUAGCAGAGGAGAUGUCCAGCCUACUGGCCAUCCAGACCAAGGCCAAGGCCAUCGUGUUGAGUGUGGACGAAGUGGCCGAGUGUUGCGAUGACCCCGACUCCCACCAGCCCAGGUACAAGGGGUUCGACUGUGUGCUACAGCUGGGUGGGCUGUGUACCGCAGGCUCCUACCAGAGGGGGACGGGCAGGUGUAACAACGCUACCUGUACACCUGUCGCACAGGUUACCAGUACUGGUUACAUCCCCUCUGGACGUGAAGAUCUAAUGAUGGUGGUCAUACACAGGCUGCCUCUGGUAGCUGUUAUUGAUGCCGGAGUUCAGACUUUUACUAUGUACACAGGGGGAAUCUACUCCGACCCCGCCUGUACUGCCAGAGUUCUAGACCACACUGUCCAGGUGGUCGGCUACGGGACGGAGGGUGGACAAGAUUACUGGAUCAUCAAGAACUCCUGGGGUGUGAACUGGGGAGAGCAGGGCUACAUGAGACUUGCACGAGGUCAAAAUAUGUGUGGCAUCGCGUCUUUGGUCUUCUACCCCAUCAACAAGUGAGUGGACCCCACUGACAUGUGGGCAAUGACGUCACUGACAUGUGGGCAAUGACGUCACUGACAUGUGGGCAAGGACGUCACUGACAUGUGGGCAAUGACGUCACUGACAUGUCAGCCAAACGUCACGGAGAGAGAUGUCAGAUCCGCUACAGUCAAGUAAAAUGUCACCAGUGUUUGUUUGACGGAAGUUAAUCAUAAAAUCGCAAUAUAAACU